UUUGUGUUGAUGCAAAUGAUGCGCCCGGUAAACGCGCGGCGGGGAGAGCGGCGCGUCCGUCGCUCGCGCUGAUGACAAUAGCGCACUCCAGCGACCAGAGCGCGCGAUAGAAACAGAAAGAAGGAACGUUUACCGGGAAGGACAAUGUCUCUCAGCAGAAGCAUCGAGCUCGAGCACUUCGACGAGCGGGACAAGGCGCGGCGCUCCAAACGCGCUGCCGCCGCCGGCGGUCCGGGCUCUCGCGCGAGCAGUCUGGUCCCGAGCCCCGCGCACAGCGCCAACUGCAGCUUCUACCGCACGCGCACGCUGCAGGCGCUCAGCUCCGAGAAGCGCGCCAAGAAGGUCCGCUUCUACCGGAACGGAGACCGGUACUUCAAGGGUCUGGUGUACGCGGUGUCCGGCGACCGCUUCCGAUCCCUGGACGCGCUGCUGGCCGAGCUGACGCGCGCGCUCGCCGACAGCCUGCACCUGCCGCAAGGUGUGCGCAACAUCUACAGCGCGGACGGCGCGAGGAAGAUCGCGAGCCUCGAGGACCUCGAGGAAGGUGAGAGUUACGUCUGCGCCUCAAACGAGCCCUACAGGAAGGUAGACUACACCAAGAACUGUAAGAAAUCACGGCCGUCUGUCCCACCCAAGAUGACCAAGAGCUCUGGCGUCCCGCGCUCAAAAUCACCCGUAUCAGGCUCCAAGGAGCGACUCUCCACCGAUGAGGUCAUCGCAGUCGCCCUGCAGCCCCACGACUCAAUGCAGCCGGAAGUGAACGGUAAUGAAGUUCAGUCAUCUGUCAUCACUGAGAAGUAUAAAGUGGGGAAGGUGAUCGGCGAUGGAAACUUCGCUGUAGUCAGAGAGUGUGUGGAGAGGUCUACAGGACAGGAAUAUGCGCUGAAGAUCAUUGACAAGGCCAAAUGCAGCGGCAAGGAGCACCUGAUAGCCAAUGAGGUGGCGAUACUGCGCAGGGUUCAUCACCCCAGCAUCAUUAUGCUAAUAGAGGAGCUGGACACGCCCACUGAGCUGUAUUUGGUGAUGGAGCUGGUGAAGGUCAGUCAGCCGCACAACUCUCUCUCACACACACACACACACACACACACACACACACACACACACACACACACUCACACACACAUUCUCUCACACACUCACACUCGUACAGCGUAUAAACACACAUCUGUGUGUGUGCAGGUGUGUGAGUAUCCAGACGGCACCAAGUCUCUGAAGCUGGGUGAUUUUGGGCUGGCGACGGUGGUGGAGGGACCGCUGUACACCGUCUGUGGGACGCCAACUUACGUCGCACCAGAGAUCAUCGCAGAGAGCGGGUACGGACUGAAGGUGGACAUCUGGGCUGCGGGUGUGAUCACAUACAUCUUGCUGUGUGGUUUUCCUCCGUUCCGCAGCGAGAAGAACCAGCAGGAGGAGCUGUUCGAGCAGAUCUUACUGGGCAGACUGGAGUUUCCCUCGCCGUACUGGGACAACAUCAGCCUCUCUGCUAAAGAUUUAAUUGGUAAGAUGCUGCAGGUGAGUGUUGGUGCUCGUUACACGGCUGACGAGGUGCUGGAACACCCGUGGGUGCAGGACGAUGCUGUGAUGGACACUAACAUGGCGUGUGAGAUGAAAGAUGGUGUUGAAUCAGAAAACACACACAAUAGCACAGCAGCAGAGGCUGAGGUGGAUCAUCUCCAUGUAGAUGACAGCUGGCAGUAGUCUGAUGAAUCUCUGCGGAGGCGCAGAAGAAGAGAAACCCUGAUCACCACCACAAACCUCAACACCAAGACCAGACCAGACCAGACCAGACCACCUUCUCUCAGCAUCUUCCGUCUAGUUCUUAGUGGCGCUGACCAAGUCAACCAUAAAUAUCACUUAGUCCUCAUAUUUUAGUGUUAGCCUCAUGCUGAAACCUCUAGUUUACAUGCACUCAGUUUUGUCAAUCCGAAUCAGUCCAGUCCGAUUUCAGAUUCUGAAAGUUGUUUAUAUGAACUUUUGCAGUUUAACUUUCAUAUGAACGCUAAACUCUGCGAUUCACAUAUUCAUUUACGUGUAGGUUAUAUUUAUGUAUUCCAAACAACAGACACCAAGUUCAGAACUGGAAAAAGCCACUAAUGUCACCAGAGCUAACUAGAGUUUAAUUGUCAAGUAUGUCAGGAGAGCUUCUUUUUUUUUUAAGCAAAUAUUCAGUAAAUAUUCAUUCUCCUCCACUG